UGUUCUCACGCUCGGAUCAGUCAGAGUUAAACUGGAGUCUCGUCUGUCCACGCUGAGCGGCUUCACUAUGAACACACAUGUUAUUUACUAACAGCCUGUGCAGCGCAGAGCGUCUGUUUUCAAAGAUUUUGAAAUGAAGAAGGACAUUGAUACUCUAAUAGCUGAAGAACGGGCUGAGAUCAUCAAAAAAUAUGAGAAGGGCAGGCAGGAGGGUGUGCACAUUAACCCCUGGGAGGAUGCCGACUACAGCAUCUACAAGGUCACGGACCGCUUCGGUUUCCUGCAUGAAGAGGAACUGCCAACACCCACCGCAGCAGAGGAUAAGUACAAACUCCAUGAGGUUGAAAGAGAGGAAAAAUGGGUUAAGAUGGUGAAAAAGUGGGACAAGUACCGCAACAGUGAAAAGAUGAUGAAGCGGGUAUACAAGGGGAUUCCCUUGAAGCUGCGCGGUCAGGCCUGGGCUCUGCUGCUGGACGUGGAAAAGGUGAAAGAGGCGAAUUACAGGAAGUACGAGAAAAUGAAGGAACAAGCCAAUAAGUAUUCGACAGAAAUUAAGCAGAUUGAUCUGGAUGUCAACAGGACCUUCAGAAACCAUAUCAUGUUCAUGGAACGCUUUGGGGUCAAACAGCAAGCACUGUUCCAUGUGCUGGCAGCGUAUUCGGUCUACAACACGGAAGUGAGCUACUGUCAGGGCAUGAGUCAGAUUGCUGCCAUUCUGCUCAUGUACAUGAAUGAGGAAGAUGCAUUCUGGGCCUUAUCACAGCUACUGACCAAUCAGAAACAUGCCAUGCAUGGAUUCUUCAUCCCGGGGUUUCCCAAACUCCAGCGUUUUCAGGUUCAUCAUGACCAAAUACUGUCCAAACUCCUUCCCAAACUCAGGAAACACUUGGAUAAGGAACAGAUGUCCACUGGUAUCUACACAACCAAAUGGUUCCUUCAGUGUUUUAUUGACAGGACACCCUUUACACUCACCCUGCGCCUUUGGGACAUCUACAUAUUAGAAGGAGAAAAAGUUCUAACCGCCAUGGCCUAUACGCUCCUCAAAUUGCACAAAAAGCAUCUUCUGAAGAUGUCUCUGGAGGACUUGAGGGAGUUUCUGCAGGAGCGUAUUGCUUCUUCCUUCAGCAUGAGCGAUGAUGCAGUUAUUGAGCACCUACAGUCGUCUAUGUCAGAACUUCGCACGAUGAAGCUUGACCUCCCUGCUCCAGCCAAGGGAGAUGAGUUCCCAAAGAUACCCCUGGGCGAGGAGCGUCCAAUAGUACUGCUUCCAGUAAUCAAGACUGAGUGUGUACCCUUACCACCAUCAGCACACAACAAUCAAACCUCAAACAAGCUUCAGGCAGAAGACACCACCACCCACAAGCAGAGCAACGAAAAACACAUCCCUACCAUUACCUCAUCUUCCCCUCUUUCAAAGCACACCCACUCAACUUCCAACUCUUUACUGUCACAAGCUACACCUGAAGAACCAGGAACCACGGUGAAGAAUGAAGACAGUGCACCUGUACAAAGACCAGAUCAUCUACUACACCCAGAAUCUGCACUGUUUUCAGCAGAGACACUUUCGUUGAAGAAUGAAUGUGUUAGUAGAACCCUAUCAGCGGUGUCUGAAGAUUGGCCUCCUCCGUACCAGCCACCCAUAACAGAUUCAUCCAGUAUCCACUCUUUCAAUCUCCCAGAACUACCUCCUCCACCUCUUCCCUGUACCAAAGAAGGGGUCGAGCUUUCGCCUCUAGAAGAGGAUGUCCCAUUUUGCCUUCCUCCACCUCCACCACCAAUUACCCAACCUUUGGAUCUCAUCUUAGAAGAUCCAUCUUCGUCACCUUCCUCGUAUAGAUCCUAUCGGCAGCUAAGCAAGUUUCCGGUCAACCUGUAUGUGCCACCAUCAUCAGGUGACCGGAGACCUUCCAACACCUCGCAUUACGACAACCUCUCAGAAGAGGAGGAUCUGUCUGUGGAGAGGCUGCUGGAGAUGGUGGCCACAUUGCCGCAAAACUCAAACUUGAGUCUCAUGAACACCACCCUUCCCCUUCCUCCAGAAGAUGCCAUGUCUCUUCCUCUACCGCCCCCAUCUAUGUUCUUCUACACGCCUGAAUCUUCGCCACUCCCUCCACCUCCUUCAUGCAUUGAGGCGGUAAACAGUUGGGUGACUCCAGACUGCAUUUUUACCCAACCACCUAUUGACUUUGCAGAUAAACCCAACCUUGUAUCUUCAGUCCCGUGCAAUCAGGUGGUUCCAAACCAGACUGAUCAAGAUAGGAGUCAGUCACAGCUCCCAAGACUACCGCCCAAAAAAUCACGACCCAAUCAGGUGGUUCCAAACCAGACUGAUCAAGAUGGGAGUCAGUCACAGCUCCCAAGACUACCGCCCAAAAAAUCACGACCCAAUCAGGUGGUUCCAAACCAGACUGAUCAAGAUGGGAGUCAGUCACAGCUCCCAAGACUACCGCCCAAAAAAUCACGACCCACAAUGCGCUCUCCUGUACACUCUGAUUCAGACUUCUGUCGAAUGCAUGUUUCAAGUCAUUAGUUGCUGGAGUCACACUUAAGUAGUGUGAACUGAAGGCAUGUUUCCAUCGUUUGGACUUUUGUGCUUCGAUGAUAUCAAGUGAACGUAUUUCAAUCUUUUAGGUGUUGCAAUGUGUGUUAUAUAUGACCAAUCUAAACAGAAUGCUAGAAUGUGUUUUAUCAGUGUGUCAUGCAAAUUUGAUGUACUGGAAUCUCCUUUUCUUAGGUGAAGCAUUAUAGUUGUAGCAGUUAUCAGAAUAACCAUUCAGCUAGUUGAGCAACCAGUCUUCCAGGGAGUCAUCAUGUGGUUUGAAAUUAUAUCUUUAAUUUGUUUAGUAUUUGAGUUACUGAUAUUUCCACUGGUCACCACAGAAUACGUGACAUUCACCAUUAUUUUGUUUGUGUCUCUGUUGUUUUCUGGGAGAUAUUAUGUCCCCCGCAAUUAGAUCAGUUGUUAUUUCUUUGUCUUAUGUUUUAUUGGUUGGUUUUAUAUCUUGGUGCAAUUGUUUUCUUUUUAAACUUUGGUUAUAUUAUGAAAAUGCAUCUAACGAUGCACAUUAAAUAUGAAGAUGUUGUGGAAAUGUAAACAAGGAUCUUACCACACUGACAUAAGUUCCCUGAUUACAUUGAAAGGGCAUUUUUCAGUGGUCUCUGAUUUGCUCAAAAAGGAAAUUCCUUCAACUGUAAACCUUAGUGCUGUGUACUGCCCUCUUUCGCCAUCUUGUGGAAGAUGAUGAAGCACAGCUUGGUCAAAAUUAUAUACUGGGAAAUACAGCCACCACACUGAAUGUUAAAAUGAAGAAACUGUAUAUUCAAGGUCAUUUUAUGGCUUUGUUGUGUAAUUGUAAAUAGAACAGGUUUGAUUUGCACUUUGUUGU